AUGUGUUCUAAUAAACUGCGUACAGUUAUGAACAGUGUGGUUCUACUACUACUACUAGUGGGUUUUGGUUUGGUGAAUGGAGAAGAUCAAUCAAAGUGGAGAGAACCAAGAAAUCACUCAAGACAUCAUCGUCCAUUAAAGAAAAUCAAAGUUGAUCCAUCUGGGUAUGGAGAUUUCAAGACCAUUCAAUCAGCUAUUGAUUCAGUUCCUUCAAACAACAAGCACUGGAUCUGUAUCUUUGUCAGGAGUGGAGUUUAUAGAGAGAAGGUUAUGAUUCCAGUGGAUAAGCCAUUCAUAUUACUUCAAGGAGAGGGAAGAAAUAAUACAACAAUCUCAUGGGAUGAUCAUACUACAUUGGCAGAGAGCCCUACUUUCAGUUCCUUUGCAGACAAUUUUGCUGCAAGACAUAUAAGUUUUAAGAACACAUACAACUUAGAAGAAGUAAAGCAGAAAAAUCCUCGGGUGCCAGCAGUUGCUGCACUGAUAGCAGGAGACAAGUCUUCAUUCUAUAAAUGCAAUUUCUUUGGAUUGCAAGACACAUUGUGGGACAUGGAAGGACGCCAUUACUACAAGUCUUGCCAUAUUGAAGGAGCUGUUGAUUUCAUCUUUGGCAUGGGCCAAUCCAUUUAUGAGAAAUGUGUGAUAUAUGUGAAUUCAAGGAUGCUGGAUCCUAAUGGGAAAUGGGAAUAUCCAGGCUACAUAACAGCUCAGGGAAGAAACAGUCCUACUGAUUCAAAUGGGUUUGUUUUUAAAAAUUCUGCAGUGCAUGGAAAUGGUGCUGCUUAUUUAGGAAGAGCCUGGAGAGACUACUCAAGGGUUUUAUUCUACAAUACAUCUUUGUCUAACAUUAUAGUUCCUCAGGGAUGGGAUGCAUGGAACUUCGAUGGCCAUGAAUAUAAAAUAACUUUUGCCGAAGUCAAUUGCUAUGGAUUGGGAUCAGACACUUCAAGCCGAGUGAGGUGGCUAAAGAAACUCGACCACAGUACAGUGAUGAAUUUAGUUGACAUGAGUUUCAUUGACAUAGGAGGAUGGCUUAGAAGGCAUCCAUUACACCAAAAUAUGCUGAAGGUGUAG